AUGGGGACUUUUGGCACCGCCAAGCCGCAGCUGGUGUACAAGUUUAUCAACCAGACGGUGCAGCCGGGCCCCGCUGUGUCGCUCAAGUGCAUCGCCACAGGAAACCCUACGCCGCACAUCACCUGGCGACUCGACGGCUUCCAGCUGCCGCAGUCGGAUCGGUUCGUCAUUGGACAGUACGUGACGUUACAUGGCGACGUUAUCAGCCACGUGAACAUAAGCAACGUGGCUGUGGAAGACGGAGGCAUAUACAGUUGCACAGCGAGCAACAGAGUGGGCGAAGUGACCCAUUCUGCCGACAUGAGAGUUUAUGGAUUGCCAUUUGUGCGACCAAUGCCUAACAUCUCAGCGGUGGCAGGGGAACCCCUUUAUAUAGCUUGCCCUGUGUCUGGGUAUCCUAUAGAAUCCAUAACGUGGGAGAAAGACAGAAGACGGUUACCGGUAACCCGGCGGCAGAAAGUCUUUUCAAAUGGUACCUUGUUACUUGAAAAUGUGCAGAAGGAUACAGACAGAGGACUGUACCGCUGUACGGCUAUGAAUAAACAAGGACAUUCCUCAUCUCAGACGCUGCCACUUACUGUCACUGUGCCACCCAAGAUAGCACCCUUCUCUUUCCAAACGGACCUGCAUAUUGGAGAACGCACAGGAGUUCAGUGUGUCAUCAACAAGGGUGAUCCCCCACUUACAAUCAAGUGGAUGAAAGAUGGCGGUGGUUUGGCAUCAGAUGUUGGAGUUCGUGAGCUUGGAGGCCACAUAAGUGCUUUGAGCAUUGAAAGUCUGAAGCCUGACCAUGCUGGAACAUACACUUGUGUUGCCAGUAAUGCUGCUGCUACAGCCUCACACUCCGCUCAGCUUCUUGUCAAUGUUCCUCCACGCUGGAUACAAGAACCUGUGGAUCGCAAUGUUACCAGAGAUGAAACAGUUAUGUUUGACUGUCAAGCUGAAGGCUUUCCAGUACCCACUGUAGUAUGGAGGAAGGCCAUUGGAAGACAGCCAACUGAGUAUCAAGAUCUUUCUGCACGAAAUCAUGGAGUUCAGAUCUUUUCAAAUGGAUCCCUCUUGAUACAGCAUGCACUAUCAGAACAUGCAGGACAGUAUAUGUGUGAAGCAACAAAUGGCAUAGGAGCUGGACUUAGUGCUGUUGUGGUGCUUACUGUUCAUAUUCCACCUCAAUUCGAAGUAAGAUCUGCUCAAGCAAGUAUACGAAAAGGUGCCUCCCAGAUACUGCAAUGUGAAGCCAGAGGUGACACCCCUAUGACUAUUGAGUGGCUACGGGAAGGAAUUAGGCUGCCAGCUCAUUUAAAUCCAAGGUAUGAAGUGAAGGAAAGUGUGGUGAAAGGAGGGUUUCUAUCUGAACUUCACAUCUCAAGUACAGAUAAAGGCGACAGCGGAAUAUUUAUCUGUAUUGCUCAGAAUAAAUAUGGAAGGGCUGAGCGCACAGUUCACCUUCAAGUUCAGGAUGCUCCAGGUAAACCACAGGAUGUGCGCGUGGUUGACACAACUAGUCGCUCAGUCAAGAUUGCGUGGUUGGCUCCUAGUGAUGAUAGAAGUCCUGUUCUGAAGUACAUAGCUCAGUAUAAACCAAAUACAUCACCAGGUGACAAUUGGCACAGUGUAGCAGCAGGUUCAGAACUGACAGCAGAGGUCAGUGGGCUCUUGCCAGCAACACUGUACCAAUUCAGGGUAGUGGCAGAGAAUGACCUGGGACUGGGAGAGCACAGUGAGCCUGUCUUGCUACAAACAGAUGGAGAAGCACCUGCUGGAGAGCCUCAGGGGCUCUCAGUGACAGCUGUAGCCUCUGACCAGCUAAGAGUUGCCUGGUCACCUCCUCUGCAACACAUGUGGAAUGGAAACAUUUUGGGCUACUACAUUGGAUACAGAGAACAUAGUUCAAGCAGACAGACAAGUUACACUUACACAACUGUCAGUGAAAAGGGAUCUGGGCCAUAUAGCACAGUACUUAGUGGCCUUAAGAAGUACAGAAAAUAUGGUGUUGUUGUCCAAGCAUUUAAUGAAAAAGGCCCAGGUCCAAUGUCACCAGAGAUAAUAGCACAGACUCUAGAAGAUGUACCAAGUGCUGCUCCUCUGGACAUUAAAUGUGCAGCUAAAGGACCACAAGUAAUAUUCCUUACUUGGCAGCCACCACCCCUCUUCUCACAAAAUGGGCUAAUACAAGGAUAUAAAGUAUAUUAUGAAAAUAUGAAUGAAUGGCCCCCAGGUCAGAUUGAAGCAGAAACUGUGGUAACAAAUGAACUUGCAACAGAACUUCAUGGCUUACAAAAAUUUGCCAAUUACAGCUUACAAAUAUGGGCUUACACUCGUGCUGGUGAUGGUGUGAAGAGCAGUUCCAUCUAUUGCCGUACUGAAGAAGAUGUUCCAGGAUCACCUGCUAAUAUUAAGGUAUUGUCAAGUUCCCCAACAUCUCUUGUGGUAAGCUGGAUGAAGCCUGUGCAUCCAAAUGGACAUCUUGUUAGCUAUACAUUAUACUCAAGAAUUCUUGAAGGAGGACGUGAAAAGGACUCAUCAAAGCGACGGCUUUCUCCAGCUCAUACACACUACGAACUGCAUGAUUUGAGAAAAGAGGAAGAAUAUGAAUUUUGGGUUACAGCUUUUACAAAAGUUGGAGAGGGCCAGAGCACACGAGUAGUAUAUGCAACCAUUUCUUCCAGAGUACCUGCUGCAAUUGUGUCAUUUGGCGACACUGUAUCGGUUCGGAGGAGAGGCUCCGUUCAAUUACCUUGCGUAGCAGUUGGAAUACCAUCACCUGAGCGAUCUUGGACAGCUCAUGAAAAUCCUGUCAUGGGAAAUGCAUUCUCCAUACAGCAUGAUGGCACUUUGCAUAUAAGUGAUGUGCAGAAGCAUCAUGAGGAGAAUUACACUUGCACUGUAUCAAAUUCUGAGGGAGAAGAUCAUAUUUCCUAUUUCCUUCAGGUUUUAGUUGCUCCUUCUGCUCCACUAUUGCAAGUCUCUGGUACUAGCACCUCAUGGAUUCAACUGAAGUGGAAUCCAGUGAAAAAUGGCGGUAGUGCUGUGAGAGGAUACUUGCUUAAUUUUCGAAAAGAAGGAGGUGGUGAAUGGGAAGAAAGACUCCUACCAAGAGAUGCAACAUUGUACCAACUGCAAGGCCUCACUUGUGGAACUGAGUAUCAUCUGCAGUUGUUUGCAUUCAACUCCAUUGGAAGUGGUGCUCCAAGUGAACUUUUAGUUGUUAGAACAAAUGGGUCCCGUCCAGUGAAACCAAACUUCUCUGAAUUUAUCUCUGUGAAUAUCACAACAGUUAUAUUAAACUUCAAAUCCUGGAGGGAUAAUGGAUGUCCAAUUAUUUCAUUUGGAGUUGAAUACAGGGAGAGCUCACAGCAGGACUGGAUAACUGCAGGCAAUAAUUUAGCAGUGAGGGAACACUUCCCAGUUAUGGGUCUUUGGCCAGGAACAACAUACAUUUUUCGUAUUACAUCUACAAACAGUGCUGGAACUACUAGCGGAGAGUAUAGAAUAGUAACACAAAGUGCAGUAAGUGGGAACCUGGUGCCAGACCAAAGCAACAUACACGUUAAUGAUGCUGUUCCAUUCUAUAUGGAUGUAGCUGUUAUUCUGCCAGUCCUUAUCUCCAUAAUAACACUCAUAGCAGUAUUUGUGGGUGUUUGCAUCUUCUUUCAUAGGAAACCAGGUGCACAAGCAGAAGGGCAGUCACAGCCUAUGGUGACUUUGGACAACAAGCACAACAUUGCACAGAGGGAGCAGUAUUAUGCAGCAGUACAGAAAGGUGCAACUUCACACUCUUCAGAAAGAAUUCCAGAAUUUGCAGAGGACAUAUCUCCAUACGCCACAUUUCAUGUGCCAAACCAGCCAUCUUCUCCAGCACAUAUACAGACAUUUGUAUACCAUGAUCAUCACUUAGCAGCAAUGGAAACAAUGAAACUGAAAAGUUCAAAUCCACAAGAUGACUACACAAAACUCAGAGGGAGUCAAAAAAGUAAAUGUGCACGAUCAGAAAGUUCUGAUUAUUCAAGUUCAACAGCACACAGGUCUGAUGCAGGGCCAGUUGCCAUUCCCAUCCACACAAGCACUAGAAAUGACAUAGACGGUCUGUCAUUACAAACCAUUUUAUAUCAAGGAGGAGGAAUAGGACCAGAGUCAAGCACAUCCCCAGAACCAUCUCCUCUGCCAGACAGGAGGAAUGUCACUAGAAGACAAAGGCACAACGUCAGUUUAAGGUCUAGAAGAACGAGAGCUAAGUCUGUCCAUAGAAGAAGUGAAGGAUCAAGGGAGUCACAUGUGGAUCCUCCAACAAGUUUCUCUGAUGGCCAUGAACUGAGUGAAGCAGAGUGUGACAUGGACACAAUAAGACAUUACAAAUGGGCAUAUAAAGGCAGUUCAAGCAGGGAUAACUCUCAACAUGGACAGUCAUAUAACAAUUUCACAAUAGCUGUGUGACUGCCUUUGUAUUCCUCAAAUAUUCUCACAUCACAAACAGGAAAUGAAUUGUGAUCAGUAAUUCAACUUCUUUCAGCUGUAUUAAAUGAAGAUGAAGUAGCUGACAUUAUGAAAUCAUUGUUUAAAAACUGAAAUAUGUUACCGAUUUCAAUAAUUUGUCUAAUAUUUGAAGAGAGAUGUACUGUAAAAUUGUUACAUGUAAAUGUAUGUUGGUGGUAACUGAUGAUAAUUUUAAUUAUUGUUAGAAUUAUUAUUCUUGUUUUCAUUGUCGGUGUGAUGUGUGAAACUCAUGACUCAUCCAACAGAUUCAAAAAAUGUUGCAGUGUCUUACUGUAUUUAUUGUCAAUUGCUUCACGAGGAACAAUGAGCUUUACCUCAAUCCACAAUUGUGAUAUAUAUUUUGACAUAUUCUCGUAUUGUUUGGUGACUUUUUAAAGUGUAAAAACACACAAUGAGUGAGAUAAAUUAUUUUGUUGUUAAACAACUGUGUUAACUAUUUUAUUAAUUUAUUUCUAUAGACUUGAACCAUGAACAGUUGAUAUGUGAACAUUCACAUUGCAUUGUGUCCUAUUAAGGUAUGUUUUCUAUAUGUGCUAGUGAUAAGUGGACAAGAGAAAGACAUGACUGUGCUGUUCAGUUUACUAGUGUAUUUGAUAAUAAAUACAAACAAUGGUUGGCAUGGAUGGAAUUAUACAAGAAUUUGUAGGAAUGGGUGCAAAUUACAGGUAAAAUAACAUUGAUAUAACAUGAUACACAUUAAUACCUCAAUAUUCGGUCAUAUAUUGGAAUGACUCUUCCACGCUCAAGAAAUGAACCAAAAAUAUUGCAUAUAAUAUUACUUUCAAAAAUAAUUUUCUCUACAUAUCAAAGUACUUUAACAUGU